AUGAGUUAUCAUUUUGAUGUUGAAACUUUUCUGAAAUUACCAACAGACAUUAGAAAAUAUGUCUAUUAUCAUUUAGAUGGAUCAUUGAUAUCACUCAAGCCACAUGCUUUACAAGAAGUUGAAUUCUUGAGUAAACGACAAAAAAGAAGAAGAAAAGUGCUAUACAAUUUUAUGUACCCAGUAUUUAAACCAUAUUUGAAAAACUUUAUAUAUGAUUCUGAUUUCAUUUAUAAAUGGUUGGAAUUGGCUCUUUGGUUUCGGUAUGACUCGAUUGUAUUGGACUGUUUAAGGCUAAAUCAAUUAUAUGAGGGUACUCUAUUGGGUCCAAUAGAUAUUAUAACUUUGGAUGGUCAUUUACAGUUUGCUUUCUUUGAUAAGGAACAGUCCUUUUUACAAGUUUGGUAUUCAAAAAGAGAUUAUCAAAAUAUGGUUAUGAAUCGAUAUUUUGCGUAUGAUAAAUAUAAGCCCGACACUGAUUGUAAUUUUAUUAGAUUAAAUCUUGAAGUUUUACCUGAAUCAAUGAUAACCGCCACUUUAACAAACCUUUUGAAAAAACAAUAUUUUUUAUUUAUUAACCAUAUUGAAUUCGCAGAAGAAAAGAUAAACUAUUUGCAGAAUCUUUAUCGCGAUGAUGAUGAUGAAGAUGAUGAUGAUGAGGAUAAUAAAAUAGUUCAAAAUAAUAGUUCAAAAAGAAGAAAACGCAAGCUGUUAAAUAAUAACACUAAUAAUUUUAAUAAUAAAAGGGGUAAGUUUUCAGUAAGUUCUCACAUUCAAAUGGUAGUAAAUAAUAUUAAAUCGAUGAGAAAUAUCCAAGUCAUAUCAUGCCACGGAAAUGAUCUAUUUAAACAUUUAAUUGAUGGUAAUGCGUUUUCAAAUCGAAAUCUUAAAUCAAUACCUUCGGUAGUUAAGAAAAAGAUUCCAACGCUUCAACUUUAUCAAAUUAGCAAUAUUACAAGAAGUAAUAUAGUUGAUGUCUCCAUGUGGGAAAGUUUGAAGACUAUUGUUUUAAGUAACGUUAACAAGGUUGAUUUAAAUAUGUUGAUUCUACCACAAUCCUGUGUCUCUUUAACAAUCAAUCAUGUUAAAGUUUGUAAAUGGUGGGAUUUUGAGUCCCGUAUUAAUAGAUUAUGUAGUGAAAGGUUUAAGACUAUAGAGAUAAAAAAAAAGGUAGAUAUUGAAAGAGAUCCAAGAAUUAUGAAAUUAGAGUUGAUAGAUGAAGAUAGUAUGGAUCCUGAAUUAAUUUUUAAUUGUCAAAAACUAUUUUGGAAAAAUUUACCUGAAAUAACUGAGAUAAUAUUUUCUAAUGUGUCUAUCUUUGCCUCAGAUCAUAUGAUAAUUUUACCUAGAACUUUGUAUUUAAAUGAGAGGAUACGAUUUUAUAACUGUGGCGGGAUAAAUGAAAUGUUAUUGAUGUGA